AUAAUAUCAAACAAAAACAUUUAAUUAAGAGAAUGUCUGCGACACAAGUCUUUGCAAAGUUCGACAAGAACAACGACGGUAAACUUUCAUUACAAGAGUUUCACAACGCAGCUCUUGCUUUUUGUAAAACCUUUUCUGAGGGAGAGAUCAAGGCCAUGUUUAAUGAUAUGGACGUGGAUGGUGACGGCCAAGUCGGCGCUGCUGAAUUUACGUCGUGCAUUGAAAAGAUGUUGAAGGAAGUCUUCGAUUUUUGUGACGUUGACGGUGAUGGAAAGAUACCAGCCGAUGGGUUGUAUGUGAGUAUGACUAAGCUAGGGAAAAAGUGCACUAAGGAUAGUUGCGCCAAGAAGGUUCAAAUUGCUGAUGCAGAUGGUGAUGGUCAUUUGAACUUUGAGGAGUUUAUGGCCAUGGUCUUUAGUGACAUUUAAAGAAGAGUAAAU